AUGAGUACCGCAGAAUUAUCUAUUAUUUCAGGAAUUAACGGUAUCCUUGGAAGGCCUCCGACAUCAAUUGAAUCCUAUAGUGUUAUUCUCGAAAGCUUGAAUCCCAUAGUUAUUAAAACUGCUCAGGAUGAAAUUUACAGAAAUGAGCUAGCAUCUACUUUUAAAAUAUGGAAAGAAUUGGACAAUGCAAUAGAAAAUACUAAUGUAUCCAUUGUAAUGCAAAUGAACAACGAUGAGAUAACCUUCUGGUACUUGAGAACACUUCGUGGUGUAUUGCUAUUACUUAGAAACCUAUCUGCCUCCAACCAAGAAAUAGCGCAACAGCUAUUAAUCCAAAAUAAAGUCUUGAGAGCGUUUCUUACUUUGUGCGAAUGUAAUUUUCCAAAUAUCGAGAUGGAAACCUCCAUAUACAUCACCACUUUAGCUCUCUUGCAUAACCUCACAAAAAUUUCAGUGCUGUUCGAUAAGUCAAUGAUCGAUCAACUGAUGUCCUUUUUAAAUUACCCACUCAAUCAUCCAGAUAAUGAAGUCGAUCUAAUUUAUCCAUACCUACUUUUCUUUGAAAACUUAGCUCAAAGUGAUGACUUUUUAUAUUAUUUCUUUAGACACGAACUAAAAGAUGCAAUAUUGUAUGAAUUUUUAAUGAUUAAUAUUAUGCAUUCCCAUACUCACCUUUUCAAAUACCUCAUUAUCAAUGAUAAGCUAGGAUUGAACUCAACUAGAGAGGACGAAAUCCAAGAUAUACAAAUGAAUAUGAGUAAUAUAGACCUAGCAAUAUUGAGGUGCUUUCGUAAAAUUAUUGCAAAUGAAUCUUUCUCCCCAUACUUACUGGGUUUGGAAAAAGUAGAACCAAAAAAAUAUAUGAACUUUUUAAGAAUAGGUCAAGUUGUAGCAACUAGUAUGGAAAAAUGGGAUAAAUAUGAACUUACUGGAAUAAUGACAUGGUGUUUUGAAAUAUUUGAUAGGACAGCCCUAGAAAUUGAGGACUAUUUUGAAAAGGGAUCUGAUCAUAUUCUAAUCGCCACAAUUUUACAUCAAAAAAUAUCUAGCACCCUGGAUAUUAUGUCAUCGUUUUCAAGAUACGAACACAUUCAAAAAUACAUACUGUCGUAUAAAGGUCUAGACAAAUUAAUUAACCUCCUUGGCAUUUUUCAAAAGAAUUUAAUUAGGAUCAAUUUUAUUAAAGACAAAGUAGGUUCUGUUCAAAAUUUUAAAACAUCUGAUUCGAUGGGUAAUAAAAUUACUGAUACCGAGAAAAUCAACAAUAGAGUUGAUUAUAAUAAUUUUAAUAUUCUGGCAACAAACUUUCCUGAGUCGAAACUAUUGAUAGUUGAAAUUUUAGGGAACUUAUGUUAUAAAAAGACAGAUAUGCAAGACGAGAUUAGAUUGAAACAUGGACUAGAGUUAAUAUUAUCGAACUGUGUAAUCGAUGAUAAUGAUCCAUUCAUCAAGGAAAGAUGCAUUACUUGCAUUAAAUUUUUACUGGAAGGAAAUGAAGAAAAUCAAAAGUUUGUAGCAGGUUUGGAAGCAAAGAGGGCAGCUGACGAUGAUACAUUAUCCGAGGCUGGAUAUCAAGUAGAUAUAGAUAAAAACGGUGAAAUUAACUUACUUCCAAAGAAAGGAGAUGAGAGGUAG